CACACACGCACACACACACACACACAUACACGCUCACACACCAGACCUCUCUGGGUUUCUUUUGCCUUGAGUCUUCCGGGGCUGUGAGAAACCAGGCGCAUCUCAACCCAAGCUGGCAGCUCCGAGCUCCGAAGCCAUGCCCUGCACAAACGCUAGUCCUCACCAAGCUCCUGAGGAAUGAAAGCAACCCAGGAAUCCUCUGACCGCGGCAGUGAUGUGGACCAACCCCCUGGAGCCCGCACCCUCCCGAGGGCCAUAGAGGACUCGGGGAACUGGAGAGAGCUCAAGACAGGAAAUCCCAGCUUUCCCAAAGUCCCCGUGGAUGCUGACAAAAGGAGAUCCGGAUUUUUGGAAGAGGCCGUCCUAGGUUACCCAGCUGCAGAGUGAUUCUCCCGUCUGUCACUGAAUCUACCCCUCCAACCCCCAGCCGUUCAGAGUACCAUGAAGAAUUAUGAGGAUGUGUGACAGAGGUAUCCAGAUGUUGAUCACCACUGUAGGAGCCUUUGCAGCUUUUAGUUUAAUGACCAUUGCAGUGGGCACGGACUACUGGCUAUAUUCCAGAGGUGUGUGCAGGACUAAAUCUACAAGUGACAAUGAAACCAGCAGGAAGAAUGAAGAAGUAAUGACCCACUCCGGGUUGUGGAGGACCUGCUGCUUGGAAGGAGCUUUUCGAGGCGUGUGCAAGAAAAUCGAUCACUUCCCGGAAGAUGCAGACUAUGAACAGGAUACAGCAGAAUAUCUUCUACGGGCUGUGAGGGCCUCCAGUGUCUUCCCCAUCCUCAGCGUCACUCUGCUGUUUUUCGGGGGACUCUGCGUGGCUGCCAGCGAGUUCCACCGCAGCAGGCACAGUGUUAUCCUCAGCGCAGGCAUCUUCUUCGUCUCUGCAGGGCUAAGCAACAUCAUCGGCAUCAUAGUUUAUAUCUCAGCCAAUGCUGGAGACCCUGGGCAGAGGGACUCUAAAAAGAGCUACUCCUACGGCUGGUCCUUUUAUUUUGGAGCCUUCUCUUUCAUCAUCGCGGAAAUUGUGGGCGUGGUCGCCGUGCACAUCUACAUUGAGAAGCAUCAGCAGUUGCGUGCAAGAUCCCAUUCAGAGCUCCUGAAGAAGUCUACAUUUGCGCGCCUGCCGCCCUACAGGUAUAGAUUCCGAAGACGGUCAAGUUCUCGCUCCACUGAACCUAGAUCCCGAGACCUGUCUCCCAUCAGCAAAGGCUUCCACACCAUUCCUUCCACCGACAUCUCCAUGUUCACCCUCUCCCGGGACCCCUCUAAGCUUACCAUGGGGACCCUUCUCAACUCUGACCGGGACCAUGCUUUUCUACAGUUCCACAACUCCACACCCAAAGAGUUCAAAGAGUCAUUGCAUAACAAUCCAGCCAACAGACGUACCACGCCUGUCUGAGCUGACCUCUGACCUCUGCCCCGCUGCCCAGCACAGCCUUGGGGGAAGUGUACACAGAUGUCUCUAAGGUUGCAUGGCAUGGUCCUCGUGAUGGUAUCACUUCUUACAAAGACCGAAACCAAAUGGACUCAGCCCCUCCCACAGUGCUCCCUCAUCCCCCAGACCUUAACCCGUCCACCUCCCCUGACUUUUCUCGCUGGUCCCUUAAUGUUACUCCUCUCUGUGUAUCUGUGCCAAGUGUUUUCUUUUCUUCCUUCUUUGCUGGAAGGACCACGACAUUCUUCCCUCCUUGGGAAAGGACUUGACUAAAGUCGAAGGUGCAGUCAUAGCAGUGGGGGAUUUCCAAAUCCCCUGUCAGUUGUAUGCAUAGGUGUUCCCAUUGUCCACCCACACAAACUCUCCGUGAAACCCACCACAUAGGUGGCCCUGAGAGAGGCAUUCACCUUUAAGUGUUAGAAAAACAUGACCAGAAAUCAGAUGUCAGUGCCCCGAAGCAGCUCAUGUAAUAAGCACUCAUGUUAUUAAAGGUUUUUGCCUUGUAACCAA